AUGUAGCAUCUCUCCCAAAAGUUUAGCUUACAGCCUUUAACAGAUAACAAAAGAGGGGGGAGCGUGGAAGGUUUGGUAAAAUGUUAAUAGAGCCAAUUUGUUUUUACUUAAAAAAAGUAUUUUGAGAUGUAACAUGACAACAGAUGCCAUUUAAAGAGGAUGUGAAGACGUGGAGGGACCUGGCGCUGUUGACUGGAAGAAGAGGCAUGCCUUAAUCCAACCUCAGAAGCGUAAAGCAGGGUUAUUUUAGCCUUAAAAAGCAACACUAUGCGUGUGACUGCCGAUCAGAUGUCUCCACAAGUGCCACGACACAGCCUCUACAGCCUGACAGACAGCUCUGAUUGUGGGCCGGAGAAAGAAGAGGAAGAGGAGCCAUCCAGACGCCUCACACCCCUGGAGAACUUAACACUGGAUAUGUGUCACAAUGAAAAUACCAUCAAGGAGCUGACUGUGGGUAGAAGGGUUGGCUUCUACAAAGUCCGUGGUGAGAUCGGGUGUGGGAACUUCUCUAAAGUCAAACUGGCUUUCCAUGCCCUUACCAAAGACAAAGUUGCCAUUAAGGUUCUGGAUAAGUUGAGGCUGGACCUGCAGACCCAGAGAAUGCUGUCCAGAGAGAUCUCCAGCAUGGAGAGCUUGUUUCACCCGAAUGUUGUGCGUCUUUAUGAAGUGGUGGAGACGCCAAGUCGAUUAUACCUGGUUCUGGAGUAUGCUGGAGGAGGAGACCUCCACAGCAGGAUCACCUCUCAGGGAAAAAUCUCUGAGCCAGAGAGCAAGAUUGUGUUUGCCCAAAUCCUGUCUGCUGUAAAGCAUAUGCAUGACAACAACAUCAUCCAUCGGGACUUGAAGGCAGAAAAUGUCCUUUUCUCCUGCAAUGCCUGUGUGAAGGUGGCUGAUUUUGGCUUCAGUACGAGGGUCAGCACUAACAAUCAGAUGUUGGACACCUUCUGUGGCUCUCCCCCAUAUGCAGCUCCAGAGCUGUUCAAGGAUGAGUCCUACAUGGGGCCACCUGUAGACGUGUGGGCUAUGGGUGUUCUCCUCUUCUUCAUGGUGACUGGCACCAUGCCUUUUCGUGCUGACACUGUUCCUAGGCUGCGGCGUUGUGUACUUGAGGGGGCCUACGUUCUGCCUAUAUGGGUGUCAGCUCCAUGCCAGCGGCUGAUUCAGGGCAUCCUGAAGCCUGAGCCUUCUGAGCGCUAUGCUCUGGACCAGAUGCUGGGUUGUGAAUGGUUGUUGCCUGUGGAGUUUUUCCGUCCUGUUCCACCCACAUACCGGCUUAACCCCAUGCAUCUGCUGGAGUCUGGUCCAGGAAGGCUGAACCAAGAAGAAGAGGAGGUGCGUGUUGCUCUGCAGGAACUGGGAGUGACUGAAGAACACAUCCUCAACAACCAGAGCAAGAACAGUCGAAGUCCAGUCACAGGUAUUUAUCGCAUCAUAUUGCACAGGAUGCAAAGAAACAAGGGAACUGAGCGCGCCCCUAUGAUCACAGGUGUAGUCAAAGACCCUAAACGGGACAGUCUUCGCGCCUACAGGAAUUUACGGCACACCUCAAAACUGUGUGUCCUUUCUUAACCUUUUGAGCUGAUUAUUUGUACAUGCUAAGGCUUAUUAUUCAGUGGAAAUGAUUCAGUUAUUAAGCUUAAGGAUAAAGGGCUUAUGGAUUUUAUGUCUGCAAUAAUUGAACUGAUGGAGUUCACUUGUUUUAGAUUACAAAGUUCAUAGUCUUGCAUUGCAAGCUUAGCAAUUAUCAUCACUUAAAGGUGUAACGAUUUCAAUACAGUAUAGAAAAAUUUA